CGCAUCCUUUUUGGGAUCCAACAAAAUUCUAUUUAUUUUAUUAAUUAUUUUUCAUUCUUUAAAAUUCUAAUUUUAUACCCCUCUUAACUCAAUCUAGCAUGACCAUCCUCCCCUCUCACAACCCCAACCUCACCACCACAACCACCAAACCGGAGAUGCCACACUACCAAAAACACUCACCACGGUCCACCGUCACCGCCACCACCGCCACGCGGACACCCUUCUCGUUCUUCUCCCCAAAACUCUCUGUCUACCUUUGCUCUAUAUGUGUCACCCUCUUCAUCCUCUUUCACAUUAAAAUCCUCCAAACUCCUUUACCAUCUACCCAAAACUCCCUCUCCUUCCUCCACAACUGGCAAGAGAAACUGAUCAACAACGAUGAACCCGCUUCAUGCAACCACGAUAUAACCUCAAUGGGCGACAAGCUUCGCGAAUCGGUCACGUUCCUUCCCUUGAAGGACCUCCGGUUCGCGAAUGCGGCCCUUGUGGGCCACACGUGGUUCAUGAGCUCUUUGUAUGACACACACGAAGAAGGUGAAGUACAAUACCAACAAUUUCCAUCAAAGUCAUCUAACGGCCGGAUUUUAUGCAUUAAAGGACGUGAUAAUCAUGAUGGAUCAUGGAAUUAUUAUGGUCUUGCUUACCCUGGAUUUUUACCCAAAAAUGCUACCUUGGUGCCAGGACGGACUUUUGUGUCGUAUAAUCAUUAUGAUUUUGGUAACAUAUGGCAUGGGUUAUCCGCGCUCGUACCCUUCGUUGCGUGGCAUUUGAAGAGCGAAUGCGCUGCGCCUGACCGGUGGAUUUUGUACCACUGGGGCGAGGUACGGACAGGGAUGAGCCCAUGGUUAAACACACUUAUGGAGGCAACAUUCAACGGGCCACUAAACAUUGAAAAAUUCAACGAGGACGGUAACGACUACGAGUGGCCGAUGUGUUACGAGGAGGCGGUGGUGAUGCGCCAUAACGAAGGGGGGAUGUCAAGGGAGAAGAGGAUGGAGGUUUAUGAUCUCAUUAGAUGUAAGGCAAGAAUGAUGUGUGAUGUGGAGUUGGAUCGCACCGACAACGAUAUCGGGUUAACCCUCUUCAUGAGAACGGGGCCGAGAUCGUUCCGGAAUGAGACCGCGGUGGUGGAGAUUUUUGAGAGGGAGUGUAUGAAGGUCGAGAAUUGCCGCUUGAAGGUGGCGUAUUCGAGUAAUCUUACCGUUUGUGAACAGGUGAAGUUGAUGGCUUCAACGGACAUAUUGGUUUCACCACAUGGUGCACAAUUGACGAACAUGUUUCUAAUGGAUAGAAAUAGUAGUGUGUUGGAGUUCUUUCCUAAAGGUUGGCUCAAGUUGGCCGGUGUCGGCCAGCUUGUCUACCACUGGAUAGCCAGUUGGUCUGGGAUGAAGCACCAAGGUGCAUGGCGUGACACGGAAGGUGAUCCUUGCCCCUACCCUGAUGAUGAUCGCCGUUGUAUGUCUGUCUAUAAGAAUGGUAGAAUCGGAUACAAUUCAACUUAUUUUGCCGAGUGGGCUUCAAGGGUUCUUAACGAGGUCAAAAUGAGGAAAUCUGAAGAAGCCACGAGGGGUAACAUAGUUCCUACCAAGUGUGCUUGUAGCUAAAUCGUACACUUUUUUCUAUAUGAAAGGAAUUUUCCCCGAAUUUUCAACAGGAAAGGUGAAUUUUUCUAACGGGUCUAAGUAGUAUUGGUAUCGAUCUUUAAAUGUCGUUUUAUCGGGCCAAUUAAUAAAAAUGUAAAACUGAUACCCUUGGAUGAUAUAUCAUCUCAUUCACAAAUAUAGUGAAGUAGUUUAAGAUCAUGUGUGUUACACGGGCUGUAUAAAGAAAUUACU